AUGGCGGCAGUGGUAGUCUUAACUUUACAGAUUAUGCUGACGGACCCUGUUUUAAGGCAAGCUCUCCAGAAGCACAGCCGGUUUCAGAAACAGCCCCUCGUGCGGAUUCUGAGGACCAUGACCGCGUUUGAGCUGGUGGCGCGCGGGAGCGCUAAGGAGCGGCGGAAAGUCGCAGAGUGGAUCAAACGGAUACAUGGCGGCAUUGGAGGUUCUGUUUCCGUAAACGGAAGCACUCAGCCCUACGGCUUUACCAAGGCCCUGCAGACGUGGGUGUUGGCGUCCCUGGCGCAGGCAAACCUGUGCUUUCAAGAGGAGAUGCUCGCGACACGGGGCCUCGGGAAAACGGCGGACGAGAUCGUCGCUCGGACGAUGCUCUUUCAGAGGAGGCUUGCGGACGUGGGCUUAGAAGAGCUGCCGCUCGACCGCGCGCAACUAGAAGCAUACAUGGAGGAGAGGAAGCGGGACUUGGACUAUUGUCGUGGGAAACAAGAUAUGGCAGCAGACGUCACGACAGCGAAGCGUCAAGGGGCCGAGUCUUUCGUUGGGUGGUGGCCCGGCCUCUCACUACAUGUCUACAUCCUUUUUACCAGUCUAAGCUAUCGCCUGCUCUAUGCGGCGCUCACGGGUCAAGCGAAAAGUAUUCACAGGGCUGCACUGAAAUGUCUCAAGGUGACGUAUCACUUUUGGGCGGCCCUGACCCCCCCCCUCACGCCUCGAGGCCUCUUCGCUCUUAGCUGCACUGCGGUCCCCUCUCUAUUCCCAGCCUUUGUUGAAGUUUACCAGGAGAUCUUGGGCUGCUCCGAAGCCUCCGAAACGGAUGCCAGAGAGUUUCUUUUUGGGGGGGUACACGACGCGAGCACUCUAGACCACCUGCUAGAGCCGUCUCUGACCCCCCUCGCGCGCUUGGCCCGGCUUCCCAAGAUUUUCCUGGUGCACUUUUGGAAGAGUUGCGCGGCGGCCGUGGACCGGAUCCGGCUCAGAUUCCUGUGGGCGGAGCUCAACGGAAUGAAAGGCAGGGCGGAUUCCAGUGUGCCGGUGCACUUGGGGGUUAUCUCGGACGGAAACCGUCGGUUUGCGCGGAAGCUGGGAAAGGACCCCUUGUAUGGGCACACGAAAGGCUCCAUGAAAAGCGCCAGCGUCUUUGAGUGGGCGUUUUUGGCGGGUAUCGAGUACCUGACAAUCUGGAUCUUCUCCGAUGACAACUUCAAGCGUUCCCGGGCGGAAGUCGACGGCCUGAUGCGUAUCUUUGAGGAGGAGUGCGAAGACAAAUUGUACGACGGCGUUUUGUAUACAUAUCAUGUCCGUGUACUGGUUAUCGGCGACCGUUCAAAGCUUCCGGAAAGCACACAGAAAGCCGUCGCCAGAAUAGAAGCGGCGACAGCGCACAACCGGGGCAGGACGCUGGUGGUCGCCAUGGCGUAUGGCGGCCGCGGCGAGAUUGCGGCCGCGGUGCGAGUCUCGCUGCAAGGGCUCAAGGGAGCGGAGCUGGAAGAAAGAGUCGGCUUGUUCUCCGAGAAAGACAUCGACGCCCACACGCACUGCGCGCGGUUGGGGCUCCCCCCGGUUGACGCCAUCCUCCGCACGAGCGGCGAGCGGCGGCUGAGCGGCUUCAUGCUGUGGGACAGCGCGUACUGCGAGCUCGCAUUCGUUCCGCGCUCCUGGCCGGAGCUCACCGAGUGCGACUUCGUGCGCGCGCUCCUGGACCUGUCGAAGCGCGCGCGCAGAAAAGGGCAGUAA